AUGCUUAUGGACUCAGCAAACAGUAGGGUUGAUUCGCUAGUUCGGGAAGUCCAGGAUCUGAAAACAUCCCUCCAAUUCUCACAAAAUGAGAUAGAUUCCCUCAAAGUUGAAAUCAAGGACGCAAAGAAGAGUUCUAAUGUGGAUGAUGAAUCAGCAGUGGCUAAGAAAGUCGACUACUUGGAGAAUCAAAGCCGACGUAACAACAUCGUCAUUGAUGGGAUCGAAGGAGACAAUAGCAAAGAGACUUGGGCAGAAACUGAGGGAAAGGUAAGGGACCUACUCACAAAGAACCUGAAGUUAGAAGCAAAGGAUAUCGAGAUCGAAAGGGCACAUCGGAACGGCGUUAUGAACAAGGAUAACCCACGGCCAAGACAAGUUGUUGUCAGACUUCUUCGGUACAAAGACAAACAACUCAUCCUAAACCAGGCAAGAUCUCACCUCAAGAACACACCAAUCUACAUCAAUGAAGACUUUUCCGAAGCUGUAAGGAAACGACGAGCAGAACUUCUGCCGGAGUUGAAAGCUGCUAGAAGUCGUGGAGAGUACGCUGUUCUGAGCUAUGACAAACUGGUCAUCCGGAAAAAACCAAACCCUAACAAUUUAAAAUCUUACCUUACCUUACCAUCAGACCAGUCGGACUCUGUAGAAGUGGACUGGUCCGUGCUUCGUGGCAACAUCAGCAAGGCUGCAGAGGAUGUUGUUGGCUACUGCAGUCGCUCCCAUCAAGACUGGUUCGAUCAAAAUGACUCCGAUAUCCGAGAUCUGAUAGACCUGAAGAGAUCUGCUCGUCUCGCAUGGGAGAACCGCCCUACCCGCGCCUCCCUUCGACGCUUCAAGAAAGCAAAGCAGGAGUGCCAGCGAAGGGUCCGAGAGAUGCAGAACCUCUGGUGGCAAGACAAGGCAAAGGAGAUCCAGUCCUAUGCAGACAACAGAGAUCUCCGGCGCUUCUAUGCAGCAACAAAGGAAACCUACGGCCCUCGUCGAGGAGGUACGAACAACCUCCUGACUGCAGACGGAAUGACAGCCCUUACAGACGACCAAGCCAUCCUUAACAGAAGGAAGGCCCCAGGUCCUGACAGCAUUCCACUGGAGCUCAUCUCUCAUGGGGGCAUAGCUGUACAGACAAGUCUAUUCAUCCUGAUCCUGCGCAUGUGGGAGACGAAGGUUGUACCUGCGGACCUGAAGGAUGCCACCAUCAUCACCAUCUUUAAGAAGGGGGACCGCUCCAUCUGCGGAAACUACCGCGGUAUCUCUCUCCUGAGCAUUGCUGGAAAGAUUUUCGCACGGAUUCUGCUAGACAGGCUCCUUACUGUUGCCGAAGAAGUCCUUCCUGAGUCACAGUGCGGUUUCCGACCAUCUCGUGGUACCACAGACAUGAUAUUCUGUGCCCGCCUACUUCAGGAAAAAUCCCGCGAACAGCGACAACCACUCUUCUUGGUCUUCUGGGACCUGGAGAAGGCAUUUGACAGCGUCCCAAGACCAGCUAUGUGGGCAACCCUGAGGCGUUUUGGCUGUCCUGACCACUUCACAGACCUUGUGCAAGCCCUCCAUGAUGGGAUGACUGGUCGUGUGGCUGUAAAGAACACUAUGUCUGAGCCAUUUGCCAUCACUACUGGCCUGAAGCAAGGCUGUGUUCUGGCGCCAACCCUCUUCUCCCUUUACCUUGGGGCCAUGAUCCACGAGCUCCCCGACAACGCCUCCGGUAUCCAACUUCGUUAUAGAAUGGAUGGAGGCCUCUUCAACACCGGACGCCUUCGCUCCCGCAGACACACCACUUCCUUCACGGUACGGGAGCUGCAGUACGCUGAUGACAACGCAACUCCUGUGGAUACAGUCGACGCUCUUCAGAGUACUGUCGAUGUCCUUGACGGUGCUUACUCCCGCUUCGGUCUCACUUCCAACAUAGGGAAGACAAAGAUCCUCGCACAGGGAGCUCCGGGGCAUCCUCCUCCUGACACUAGUAACAUCCGACUCCGAGGUGAAGUACUAGAGACAGUGAAAUCAUUCCCCUACUUGGGAAGCUUCCUCUCAGAUGACUGUACGAUGCAGAAAGACAUUGACAAUAGGAUUCGGGCUGCACAUGCAGCUUUUGGGAGGCUCUCCAAACGUGUCUUCCUAAACCAUGACCUCAGUCUUCAAACAAAGAUCAUGGUUUUCCAAGCCAUUGUCCUGUCUACCCUCCUAUAUGGCUGCGAGGUGUGGGUCCUGUAUCGGAGAGAUGUGAAAAAGCUGGAGCGUUUCCAACAGCAAAAACUCCGUGCCAUUCUGAAGAUAAAAUGGCAAGACCGUGUCUCCAACGAAGCUGUCCUUCUCCAGGCCAAGCUCCCCAGCAUUGAGACUACGAUGGCGCGACAUCGUCUCCGCUGGGCAGGACACGUCAAAAGAAUGCCUACAACUCGACUUCCUCGCCAGAUCCUAUACUCCCAACUAGAAUCCGGCACAAGGUCGCGAGGAGCGCCCAAGCGUCGGUUUCGCGACCAGUUAAAGGCUACCCUCCUUCGUUGCGACAUUGACCACACUAAUUGGGAGACUCUCGCGGAGAACCGGUCUGAGUGGAGACGCACCAUAACGCAGGGGACUGAUCACAUGGAGCAGUUACGACGCUCCGAAGCCGAGACAAAAAGACAACAACGCAAAGAGAGACUACUACUUCCUCGCUCCCCACCCACUCUGCCCUGCACAAAGUGUCCCAGACUGUUCCACACUGCCCUGGGACUGAGCAGCCACCUCAGACACCGCCACCAACAAUCAGCAAAUGAGACUGGAUGGACAUGA